AUGGACCGAACCAGCACCGGGGCCAAGAGUCUCUUCCCAAAAGGCCCCAGCUUCACCCUCGAGAACUUCUCCAACAAGGACUUCAUCGUCCGUGACUUUGUCGACAGCUUGGCGGAGAGCGCUGUACCCAUCAAUCGAAGAUCAGGGCCAGCGCAACCGGCCUUUGACGCGAAGCCGCUCAUUCGAACCUUUGAGAAUGCCCUGAGCCAGUUGGCCAUCCUCGGGGACGAGCUCCAAGAAAAGGAGUCCGAACUGUUAUCACAAGUGCGACGAGCUGAAGUACAACACGACCAGACAUUGGACACCCUAGGCAGGAAGCUCGACCAGUCCAUAAGCUCCUUUGAGGCCCUCGACGGAACUGUAGCAUCAACCAAGACGAACAACUACUCGACGAAAAAUGAAGCCGACGGCGAAGGAAAUGUUGCUGUUCAAAUCGGUGAAAAGCUAGAGGAUCUGGACCGAAAGCGACGGCGUGCGCAGGACGCCCAAUUCCUCAUCCAGUGCUGGAGCGAAAUCAGCGACACCGGCCUCCUUGCGUCGCUGGAGGAUAUUCGCCGUCAAGGUGGUGCUGAAAAUAAGAUUCGCUGCGCUGUAAUUGCUCGCCAGCUCAUGCGCAUCUCCCAGCAGCUUGACCCUGCCUCAUGGGGUCAUGCCAAUGGCCACCGCAGAAGCUCCAUUGGCAACGGCACGGGAAACAGCAACGGGAACGGAACUAGCAAUGUAUCUGGAAUAAAAACGCACAACACGAGGGAGAUUAUCGAAAAGUUUUGCGAGUCGCUCGAGCAAGAUCUACUACAACAGUUCAACGACAGCUAUCGCAAACAAAACUUUGACGACAUGAUGGAAUGCGCCAGAGUGCUGUACGACUUUAAUGGCGGAGCGAGUGUCAUUGCGACGUUUGUUAACCAGCACCAGUUCUUCAUUGAUCGCGACCAGUUGAUGAAUGAUGAGGUCGUUGCUGAUACAGAUAUUUGGGAGCCUAUUGCGGACCCUGAUGCCACUCCUCCCGGUGUCGAGGCUAGUUUGCAGUCACUCGUUGAUGAAGUCAAAAUUGUCAUGCAAGAAGAAUCGUUCAUCAUCAAGCGAGCUUUCCCAUACUACGAGACCGUCUUGACAAAGUUUAUCCAGCGUGUUUUUCAACAGUCGAUCCAGCAGCGCCUGGAAAAGGUUCUUGACAAAGCCGAUACCGUGUCGUCGCUUGCCUUUUUGCGCUCACUUCACUCGUCCCGCAGUUACAUCAGCUCUUUGGUUGAGGAUCUCAAAACCCACGGUCUCACUGAGCAUCCAGAGCCAUGCUCCGGCCAGAUUGCACAGGCACUCGACCAGCAACUGGACGAGUUGUUUGUCCCUUAUCUGGUUGGUAACCUCUACAUUGAAAGAGAAAAGAAGAGCAUCGAUGAAAUGUACAGUUCGCUGCUAUUCAAGUUUACAAUGUAUCAUUCGCGCAAGAAGAAGGCACCCACCGGGUUCAUGGCGUCCCUCGCUCAACAGGGCACACAGCUUAUGGCGUCUGCCAAAGACGCCUACUUGGAGCGUCUCGAGUCGUCAGAUUUGACACCUACACAAAAGGCCACCAUGUUGCGCGUCGCCGGCAUUGCAGAAAAGGACAAUAAGAAUGAAAUCGAGCUCUCCGAAGACGACGGGACACUGAGCGUGGCCAAUGCCAAGCGCAUGCUCAAGUGGCUUGCCGAGAGUGUACAACGUACUCUGGAGCUAGGAACCGCGGUCGAGACACCCAAGGACAUGAGUGUCUUCUUGAACCUGCUGCUCACCAACAUGGGACAAGUCUAUGUUCAGACGGCACUGGAUGCCGCUCACAUGCAGGCCACCAUUUUAGAACACUCCAAGACAGAGCCUGACAUGUCGUAUCUGCCAGCGAUCCGCCCCGCUGUCACCAUCUCUGCCAUUAUGGAGCGCUUCAUCAGUACGGUGCUCACUCGCCUCGCCGAAUCCAACACCACUGUGCGCAAAAGCAUGGAGGCGCAAAAGAAGAUGGCCAUUGACGACAUUGAAAAGAAGACGAAUGCCGUGAUAAACAUCUCCAUUGACGUCAUUGUCAACUACGUCGCCAAGACGCUCGGCGGCCAAAAGAAGCAAGACUUUCGACCCAAGGACCUCGAACUCGAGUCGCUGCAGACGCCCACCUGCCUGGCCAUUUGCAACUUUCUCGGGCGCGCCGAGAAGCACGCCUCGGCCGCCAUUGACGGCCCCAACCUCGAAAAGUUUCUGAGCGAGCUCGCGACGGAGCUGCACCGGCUGCUGUUUGACCAUUUCAAAAAAUUUCAGGUAAACGCCACGGGCGGCCUGAUGGUGACGCAGGACAUUGCAAAGUACGUGUCCAUGAUGCGCGACUGGCCGCUCGCCAAGGAUAUCGGCCUGGCGGUGGAGCUGCUCACCGAGAUUGGCUCGCUCUUCAUUGUCGGCGCCGAAGCGCUCCGCGAAAAGUCAAGGGGCCUGGUGCCCGGUCAGACGGCCGCCCGGGGCAAGCUCUCAAAGGCGGACUUUAAGGCGUUUGUGCAGCGGCGCGACGAUGCGUCGUCGGUGGGCAUUCAGAGCAUGCUGGCUGGGUUAUAA